AUGAGUUCAGAAUUUGAUCCGGACAAAUACGUCCCUACCAUUGAUGCGAUCUUGGGUGUUUCCGAUAUGGAAGUGAUAACGGUGAAACGAAUCAGAAAUGCAUUGCAAGAGUUGUUUGGUGUGGACUUGCAACCACAUAAGAAAGAUAUAAACGACCUUAUAACAAACAGAUAUUUCUUGUUGUUGGACAAGAAAGAGGAGGAAGAGAAAACUGUCAAGAAGGAGCGAGAAGAAAUGGAACGGCAAGAUGCACCUCUUGCUGCUAAAUUGCUGCAGACAGAAUAUUAUAGUGUGGGGCGAAGGCUAAGGGCAGUAACUGACCACAAGAAUGGUAAGCGAAAGUCACAAAAGAAAUCAAAGUCGUCGUCUAGUACUGAUAAACCUAAACGUACAGCAGCUGUGGGGUUCAAUAAGGAAAUGGUGUUGUCAAACGAACUUGCCAAUCUUAUCGGACAGAGCAGAGCUUCUAGACCCCAAGUGGUGAAACAGUUGUGGGUAUACAUCAAAGACAACGAUUUACAAAAUCCAGAAGACAAGAGACAGAUAUUGUGUGACGAAAGAUUGGAGCGUCUUUUCAAGAAAAAAAUGGUGACAAGUUUCGAAAUGAAUAAACUCUUAACUAGCCAUAUAUUUAAACCGGAAGAUAUUAGUGAUGGUUUAGCUAACCAAAGCCUGAAUGGAAAUGGAAACUCAAAAGUAGAGGAAAUAUUUUCCCAUGACAACGACGAAAGUUCUGAAGAAGAGUAA